AUGGAAGAAAAUGCUCGUCGAGACCCGGAGAGCCCUGAGGACUCUGGUGAGGAGUCAGAUAGAGCUAUCCUGCCUCUUAUCCUACCACCUGGCAACCAGCAGUCCCACAGGAUCACCAACUUUUAUAUUGACAACAUUUUAAGGCCAGAUUUUGGUCGGAAGAGGAAAAAUGGGACUGCAAUUCAGGAGAGUAUCACAAGAAGAAAUGAGAUCAGAAACGACCCCAAAAUCGGCAACCUCGAUGUACAAGGAAGAGCUGCACGAGUAGAGGACGACUCUCGAUCAUCCGACGACAGCCAUUCGGAUAUAAUUAGUCGGAAGAGUGAGCUGAUAGGCAGUGAAGAAAGUGAGAAUGUCCGAGGAGACAACGACAACCGCUGUAGCAGCCCCCAAGCCAGCUCAGCAUCUGAUGGGGCCAAACAGAUGCUUUGGCCAGCGUGGGUUUAUUGUACCCGCUACUCAGACCGUCCGUCGUCAGGGCCCAGAUCCCGUAAGCCAAAGAGGGCUCGGACCCCGACAAAAGAAGACAAGCGACCUCGGACAGCCUUCACCGUAGAGCAGCUCCACCGGCUAAAGACUGAGUUUCAGAGCAACCGGUACCUGACCGAGCAGCGGAGGCAGGACCUGGCCCGGGAACUUGGCCUCAACGAAUCUCAGAUCAAAAUCUGGUUUCAGAACAAAAGGGCCAAAAUAAAAAAGGCCACAGGGAAUAAAAAUUCGCUGGCGCUGCAUCUCAUGGCGCAGGGACUGUACAACCACGCCUCGUCCAAGGACGCCAAAUCGGACAGCGACUAGUCGAGAUGAUGCGUCUCUC